UUCUCUUUGGGUUGGAGCGGAGCUCUCAGUUCUCAUCUGGUUCGCACUUUUUAGUAUAAGGGUUUUGUUUCAUAAAAAAUUUUAUUUAUCGCCAAUUCUAUAGAAAUGCUUAAGGAAGAUGAUGUCUGAUCAGUUUCGUAAAGUAGAACCAUAUUCACCAAAGUCCUCUCCUAGAGGUGCGAGGUCACCAGUUGUUUCACGUCAAGAUUCUUCUGGCACCCUCAAGACUACCAUUUCACUGGGAAAAAACCCAUCUAUCGUUCACAGUGGUCCAUUUUAUUUGAUGAAAGAACCUCCAGGAGAAUGUGAAUUAACAGGAGCGACAAACUUAAUGGCGUAUUAUGGUCUUGAACAUUCAUAUAGUAAAUUCAAUGGGAAAAAAUUAAAAGAAUCGUUAUCGUCAUUUUUACCAAAUUUACCUGGUAUAGUUGAUGGGCCGGGACAAGAUGAUAAUAGUACAUUAGGAUCUGUGAUAGCUAAACGGCCAAUAGGUGGCAAGGAACUCUUACCAUUAACUAGUGCACAGUUGGCAGGAUUCCGGUUACAUCCAGGUCCUUUACCAGAGCAGUACCGUUAUGUGAGUGCAACACCACCAAAGAAACAUAAAAGUAAACACAAAAAGCACAAGCAUAAAGAUGGUGCUCCACCGGGACAAGAUACUCCACUACAAGAUUCCUCUAACCCUGACACUUAUGAGAAGAAACAUAAAAAGCAGAAGCGCCAUGAUGAUGACAAAGAGAGGAAGAAACGGAAAAAGGAGAAAAAGCGAAAAAAGCAAAAACACAGUCCAGAGCACGGCGGCCUUACACCGAGCCAGCACCCAAUGACUUAAGUUAGCAUUACUAAACAUAAGCUACAAUCUCUUACCACACUACUAAUAAUCUUUAGAUAUAGUGCUGCUUCUCAGAUUUUUUAAAUUAUUUUAGGUUCUAUUAAUUAAUUGUACAUAAUUACGUUUUGUGAAAAAGAAAAGACUUAAAUGCCAGGUAUAUCCUGUCUGAGCAAAUUUACUAACUCUGUUACAAAUGUAGGAAAGUAAAAAAAAUAUCCUUAAUGCAAUGUAAUUUUUGUCCGAUAAUGUCUGUAGAAUGAUUGCUUUUUUUCUAUCAUAGGUAUCAAUUGCUGUAUUUUAAUAGGAUUCUGAGUUGUAAAGAGUUCUGAGAAUUUACUUUUGAUAACAGGAUUACAGUAAAAUAAAAAAGUUGCCUUUAUAUUUUAAAUUCUUGCGCCCAUUCUUCAGGUCUGAGGCAUAAAUUUAGGAAUGGUAGGUAGUUAGUCCCAAUCAAUAAGUGAUUUAAAAUCCUUUUUUUUUUUUAAAUUAACUCUAGCCUCCGUCGACUGAGUGUCGACGAUUCGGCCAACGUCAAGGUGGAGAGAUUUUUUAUUUUAAUUUAGCUGAUUGAAGUAUCGGCAUGUAUGUGUAGUAUGAUCGGUUGAAAUAGCUGUGGUUUUUUUUGUGAACUGAAGAAUAGGCAACAAGAGAUAGUACGGUUAGUUAUAAACACACAUAAUAUUUUAUAUUUUUAUUUGUGAGUAGUAUUAUGCGAAAUAAAAGACAGUCAAUACCAUAAUUAUUGAUAAACUGGCUGAGUAACCAUCCACCCUCUAACACUGGCAGCAUUGUUAUAAUUUUUUUGGAGAGGAGAGAAUCGAAUUCUGAAGAGACCGAAAAUCCGAGAAACCGUCAAAGUUGGAUAUAAGAUAUGGUGGAUGCAUAAUAUCUCACAGACAAAUUCUUAAUUUUUGCUCUAGAUGUGUGUUUUUUGUAAAAUAAUUUAAACACAUCAAUUUUCUUCAUUAGAUUUACUUAUAUUGACUGAAAGAAAAACAAAUGAAAAAUAGUUGGAAAACAAUAUUUUACCAAUUGGAUAUAUUUUUUAAUGUAACCCUAUAUUUUGAGCAAUAUUUUUUUCGAAAAUAAAUAUGUUUUUGAAAGACAUCAUAUGAUCAUAUUAUAGCGUGUCCACUAUAGUUUAAAUAAUACCAAGAAUUGAACUGCAAUAUUUUUAUUUUGACGCGAUUAGCGAAAUAGUCACAAUUUCUCAUAAAUUCUGAAAGAACGGCGUCAUUUGCAGCACGAAUCUAUCAUAAAUUACGUUUUUUGUUUACAAUAACCAAGCUUGUUUAUCUAGCAACUAAUAACAUAAACCGCAUAAUGAUACCCCGAGUAUUAUAAAAAUGACGUUUCAUGUGGCCGGCGCCGGGUUUGGCGCCAAAACAGCUCAGCAAGUGGCUUUUGCGGGCGUGCGGGACGUGUUGGUGUUUCAGAGAUUGUCACAAAAAUCAGCCAGAUACAACUAGUACAGCCAAAGAGAUUUUAUUUCAUGUCUACUAAUCGUAUAUGCGAAGACUUUUUCCCGACACUUACUGUAAGAUAACUAGUAUGUUUGUUCGUCCUUAAUUAAUUAUUAAGUAAUUAAUUAUUACUAUAUUAUGCUCAAGGCUGUAAAUAUAAAUGGUUUCACUAUUUAACUUCAUUAGCUUAGCUUCCGAAUUCAAUUCAAAUCAAAUCAAAAAUAUUUUAUUUCAUUGGUAAAUUGCAUUACACUUGAAAUAUGUAAUUUUUUCAUACAGCUCGUUUGGAAGGCAGAUUUCCUUAGAGAAGAACGAGUAAGAAACUAUAAGCCUACUCUUUUUUCAUAUCCUCUAUAUGUUAUCUAUGGUUUUCGCAUCGUUUUUUAUACCCCAGUACACUCCUCAUACCUAUUAUAGUCGCAGUGCAAACAAUUCAGUCAAGCAGCUGAGGUCAGCGGGCGCGGGCUACACGCGUCUAUGGGUUUUAAGGUCUAUUUCAUAUAAAUGGUCCCCCAACUGUAAAAGUGCUAAUGCGUCAUAUUUAUUAUGUAAUAAAAAUUAUUGUAUCGUUAAAAAUACAUAGUACACAUUAUUAGAUAUUUACAACCUAUUUCCUGUGACGUCGAAACCUUUUAAGAGAUUUAACAAAAUCUUCAAUCAAUGAUUCCAGAUGUCAAUAAUAUGUGGAUAUUUGUUUUAAACUAAGAUAGUUCCGCAUUUGUGCUUAUGCUUGGACCGGUAUUUUAGUAAUAUUCGAUUGAUGUUUAAGUAAUAUCAUCUGUAUGUGUUUCGGAGUGUAAUAGUAGUGAGAUAUAAUAAUUACAUAGUCCUGGCACGGAUCUUGUGCGGUGUCGGUAAAUGAAUUCCAAAGUGCGAGGGGGGAGCUGAAAUUUCCUGUCCUGAUGUGGAGUCGAGAGGCAACCGCCCAUUGCCAUCCGGUAAACCAGGGGUCAUGAGACGCGUAGCCGGACUUUUAAGUGGGAGUAUGCUCUUAUCAUGAAGGUCUCUGAGACGUAUCGGUUCUGGUUCGCUCAUCGCUUAAGAUCCGUGUAGGAACGUAAUACCUACUAGUGCGAAAAAUCGAGGGAGCAAAUUGUAUUCUAUAAAGAAAAGCUGCGUUUGUCACUUCAAACAAAUUGUAUACUGUCGUCAUAAUAUAUGUAUGUAUAUGAAGCGUGGUUGAAAAAUGUGACUUACGAAUUUAAUAAAUGUUAUAAUUGUUACUUUCGUGAGAAGCAUAUUACAGUUAUUGUAUUAUAAACUGUGUCGAAUUAAGAAAUUCAAGAUGGCGGAGCAAGAUAGAAAAUUCUACAACAAUAUUAUUAUUAGGUACCUACAGUAUAAACCCAUUGUAUAAUAUUUGAUGUAAAUUUAUUGAAUUAGGCCAUUUUGCAGAAAUCCAUAAUAAUCCAAAUUUUUUUAUUUAUCUUGGGUGUAAAUUCCGCUAAUAUUUGUCUUCAAUCAGAUACGUGUUUCGCCCUUACGCGAGGCAUCCAGGAUGGGCCAUUUGGUGUCAAAUCUAUAUAUUUAACUGCAUUUCAUUUCGGUAAAAAUCCGCUAGAAGCAUACAAUAAAAAGACCGACCUUUGGACAGAUUCAUAAUUUGUAUAGCUCUAAUUAAUGUAGUACAAAGUAAUAAGGCAUACAUACCCUCUUACAUCGCAAGUCUCACGUGGUUCUUCUACGUAAACCACUGUAUUACUGAAUCUAAAACGACCUGAGAUGAUCAAUUUAUAUGUUUUAUAAGGGAUUAUUCAAUUAUUAUUAAAAAAAAAUAUUAAUGUAAUAUAGAAAUACAGUAUGUUAAUGAUAAUUUAAGUAGCAUAAAUGUAAUAUAUUGCCUAUAAGUUGUUUUUCCUUACCCAUAAUUAAUAAAAAGGCAGGAAAUAAUUGCAUAAAGAAUCCUUCUCUAUAAUUAAAACAUGUUUGAAUUCAAUUACACUCAAUAUUUUUGAGUUUUCCUGAGAGUGACAUUGUAGCUAUAUGGUUACAAUAUAAUGGGGUCAGUUAAGUAGGUACUUAGUGGCAAUAGAAAACAAUGAUUUUAUUAUUUACACCAAAACCAAGAAAGGUUGUUGUUUCUCUAUCUGUCACGGCCUUGUCAUACCUCUAUGGCUUCUUAUUAUUGCCAAAAAAGGGUGGGUUGGUUAACUGAUGCCGAAAGAAAACCAUUAUUUUUAAUACAUAAGAUAAGGUGGUAACUGAACCUAGUUACAUAUUUGUUUGUAAUUUAUUCAACGUACCUACUCAUUGAUUUAAUCAAUCAUUUAAUAUUUGAUCACCUCGGGUCCGAUUUAUCAAAAGAAAAAAGCCUGCCCAAAGAAUUUGGUUGAAUUUUAAUUAAAAUAUAAAUUUUUA